AUGGAAUGGAAAUACUGGACUUUAUUCACAGGUACUUUUGUUACAGUGGUGUACUUGUAUCGGGCUGAAAUAAAGAAGAUUUUAAAUUUUAUUUACCGCAAAAUUCCAGAAAAUUGUCCAGGACCGGAGAGUGAAUAUGCAGGUAAAUCAGAGUCUUGCAAAGGUUGCCCCAAUGCUGAUAAAUGCCUUGACGGCACAGCAAAAGUUCAACUUGCAUUGGAUAAGGAGUUAAUUAGUAAUAACUUGGGUAAAAUUAAGAACAUAAUUUUGGUGAUGUCGGGGAAGGGAGGUGUCGGUAAAUCAACUGUUUCGGCGCAAUUAGCAUUUGGUUUAGAACAACUGGGUCAUACCGUUGGUUUACUAGACAUUGACAUAACUGGCCCUUCUAUUCCAGGAAUGACAAACACUGCAGGCAGAGAUGUACACCAAUCUGUACAUGGUUGGACUCCAAUAUAUUUGAGUGAUAAAUUAGCUAUCAUGUCCAUAGGUUAUCUUAUGGACAAGAAAGAUUCCGCAGUGAUAUGGCGCGGCGCCAAGAAGGAGUCUUUGAUUAAGCAGUUUCUUUUAGGCGUUUUUUGGGAUGAAUUGGAUUAUCUGGUGAUAGAUUGUCCUCCUGGUUCCUCAGAUGAACAUAUAGGGAUUGCCACUUAUCUAACAGAUUUGAAUACCAGAUCGCUUAUAAUAACUACUUCCCAAAGACGAUGUGUUGAGGAUGCAGUUAGGAGCGUAGAUUUUUGUCAAAAAGUUAACAUUCCAAUUUUAGGUGUUGUUGAAAAUAUGACGAACUCUUUCUUUGACAAACUUUCGUCAUCCACUAUCGUAAAGACAACUUUUGAUCGGUACAAAGUUAAAAUCCUAGCAAGAUUGCCACUAGAUGAACAGGUUAUUGAAUCAAGUGAAAAUGGCACCAGUAUAUUUAAUUUAAACAGCGAGAGUAAUGCUGCCAAGGUGCUAAUGUCGUUGGUGAAAGAUAUUGUAAAGUUAUCUAACAGUGGAAGUAUUUAA